UAACAUCCCCGAUCCGGGAAGGUGUGAGGCGAGGCCACCUGUCAGGAAAGAUAAUAAUUCAUCCUCAUCACACACUAUUUUAAAGCCCCGCGGUUCUUCGGCACGUUAUUUAUUAUCCAGCAGCAUGUCGGUCGACAGCGUGUUCAGGACCCGCUCGCUCGGCGUGCCCUCCGAGGGGCUGCCCGACCAGUACGCCGACGGCAAGGCGGCCAAAGUGUGGGAGCUGUACAUCGGAGACAUCCAGAGCAGGACGAAGGAGUACAAGAGCUGGGUGGUGUCCCUGCUGAAGCAGCACGGGGUGCGGACGGUGCUGGACACAGCCUGCGGAACCGGAGUUGACUCCAUCAUGUUGGUGGAGGAGGGCUUCAACAUGGUCAGUGCCGAUGCCAGUGACAAAAUGCUCAAGUAUGCACUGAAGGCCCGAUGGGACAGAAGAAGAGAGCCAGCUUUCGACCAGUGGGUGAUUGAAGAAGCAAACUGGCUCUCGUUAUCAGAAGACAUUCAGAAACCAGGAGCCGGCUUCGAUGCCGUCAUCUGCCUCGGCAACUCCUUCGCUCACUUACCAGACUUUAAGGGGGACCAGAGUGACCAAAAGUUGGCCCUGCGCAACAUCGCCAGCAUGGUCCGACCGGGCGGCAUCAUGAUCAUCGACCACCGCAACUACGACUACAUCCUGGAGACGGGACGGGCACCGCAAGGCAAAAACAUUUACUACAAGAGCGACCUGACUCAGGACAUCUCCACCUCGGUGCUGUGGGUCAACAAUAAACCACACAUGAUCACUCUGGACUACACCAUCCACGUACCGAUGGCCACCCAGCAGAACCUCCCUGAAGUCAGUAAAUUCCGCCUGUCCUACUACCCUCACCGCUUGGAGAGCUUCAGCGCGCUGCUCAAGGAGGCCUUUGACGGCAAAAUGCAGCACAACGUCUUCGGAGAUUUCCAGACCUACGUGCCGGGUCAGAGCCAGGUGCCGUGCUACUUCAUCCACGUCUGCAAGAGGACGGCGUAGAAGAAGAUCCAACCAAUCAGUGAUCACACACGGGCUCCUUGGAAUUAACAUAGUACCCUAACAAUCCCACAGAUUUGGGCAUGAUUUUAUUUGAAUAUCUUUUUAGUAAACACAUUAGAAAAGAAAAAAGUGGCUUUAGAAGAAACAGUCAUUUAUAUUUUAUCUCAUUUGAAAACAGACGUAAAGAUCUGCAGAUUGAAUCGUUUUAGUCUAUGUUCUUAUGAUUUGAGAUACUUUUUUUUUUCUUUAAACAGGUUUGAAAAACAUGUAGCCUACACAUUUUAUAAAUAUAUUGGACCAUUGUUUUCCCUGAUGCGCUAAGCGCUGCUUUUCUCUCUUCAUCAUGUGUUUCCUUCUCUCAGAUUUUGAACGAGUUUCAAAAUUGGUGCUGUACAUUAGUGCCAUUUUUCAUGAUGGGAUACUUCCUGUUUACCGCCAGUGACGUACAGAGAUCAUCUUAGAUGAUAGUAUUUUGUACAUUUACCACAUAGGUCUUAAAAACACAGAUGAAGCAUCUGUGGCUUUGAGUAUAGAAAUCUUUCUUAUUUAUCUAAUUUUCACGCUGGAAAAGAUGAUGGAGUUAAUUUAGUUUGUGACUUUGUUUCCGUUCAGAGGCCCCGCUUGACAGUAUAUAUGAUGUUCAAUAUUCUUAAAAAUUAUAGCCUCUUUAAUUUGUUUCAAGGUUGCGCUGGUUAAGUAAGUCCAGAAAGCAGAAAGUGAAGCCUGUAAAUCACUGAUCACUUAAAAUGAAUUUAUUUAACAAAACGAGAAGCAGGUUGAGAAUCCACUACCCUGAAGUGUCCUUCAUCACUGUACGGCAUUCAAACAGGAGCCACGGCUAAAGAAAGCAAUGCUUCCAGUAAAACUGGUCAAAACAUUUAACAUUUGAACACACUAUGGCUGUAUUUUUAUUUGUUAAGAAUGACCAACAACUGGCCACUGGGCAGCAGCAGCCGACUCAAAUUUAAAGCCCUUUCAGUUUUACUCACUACUUUUUUUUUUUUUUCCUUUUUUUUUUAAAGCCAGUGAUUCAAAUACUGUAAUAAAUUCAAAAAUUCAAAUUCAGUAAUAAAAUUACUGAAAAUACAACACUCAUCACAAACGUAUCAACCAAAGAUGCUUCAACUCAGUUGAGUCGUCACUUUCGAAGUAAGAAAAACAUGAAUGUUUUUCAUAAAUGCUGCACAGGAGACACAGGAGAAGAGACGCAGGGCACCGUCUCGGAUGACUGACGAAAAAAUAUAUUCCUUUGUUGUGCUGUCUAAAAUUGUAUUAUUUAAUUUUUUUUCCUUUGAUGCCAAAUUUGAAAUGUUUUCACUUGAAUGCGACAGGAGCUUCAGCGCAGACGACCCGAAACAAAGGUUCCGAUUGUCCGUCUGAGCAGGCCACGGGUGCAUUAAUGUGCCUCUGAAUGUGUGUCAUGCAGAACUAAAACAUACAUUACAUAAUUGGGUUCAUAAAGUGGUGAGAAUGGUUGAAUAUUUGAGUGAACUUUAUGUAAACAUUAGAAAAAAAAUGUCUUAAUGUGUUGGCAGUUCUUACAAAAAUAAAGUCUGAAACAUUUUCUAAAGUUCA